AUGUUUCUCACAAUGGCAUUCAAACUUUAUCCAGCCCUCGGCUGUUUAUUAGCCAUCAUCAUAUAUGUUAUUUCAAUGUUCAAACAUCCCCUGAUCCAAAAGUGUGAAGUUGAUAAAUGCCCACUUUGCUAUGGAACCAAUAUGUGUGAUAGCAUGAAUAACUCUGAAAUAAAACUAGAUUUUUCUUCAUUUGAACGAGUAUUUAACAAUUUAUUCAGUGUAAAAAAUGUAUUUUAUGGUAAAUUCAAAGACUCUGAAGUGGUGUUGAAGAAGUUGGGACAAGAUGAAGAAUUAGUGAAAGUGUUGACAAUGGUUAAAACGUUAAGUGCACGCAAAUAUAGAGCCUUUUUAGUGAACAGUAUUCUAGAGACAUUUUAUAAAAAGGACAAUAUAAACAUUAAGGACUUUCAUGUGUGCAAUUUAGAAACAGCUGAGUAUUUCUUGGAAUAUCUUUACCAGAAAGGAUUCACCCUGGAACAAAUUUGGACGAUCAAACAGGUUAAUGUGGAGCCACUUUUACUCAAGGUGUUUGAGUACAAAAAAGGGUGGCCUGUGCCAAAAUAUUAUGGAGCUUGUGGCCGAAUGAUCGUACAAAGUUAUUGUGGUGUGAAUUUGAACUAUUUUGAAAUACAUCCUUGGAUUGAUAGAGCUACAAUUGCUGUUGGUAUUCUAAAUGCAGCAGAAGAUUUCACUACUGCACAUCAAACAUUCAGUCUGUACUUGACUGAUGUUUCCCCUGAUAAUAUUGUUGUUGAUCGUAAUUUAAAUGUUUAUUUCAUAGACUUGGAGAAUGCUAUCAUUCAGAUGAGAAAUCAAAGUAUUGAAAAAUUUAAUAUUAAAAACAACCAUAAAAGUAGAAACUUUGAAGAUGAACCUUAUGCUUUCUCUACUGAUGACAUAUGUUCAUAUCCACUGAGUGAUCAUAAUAUUUAUAGUGUUUGUAAACUUCUACUCUCCUCAAAAGCUCCUUGGCCAAUGAUGAAAGGAGGAUUAUUACAUUCUCCUCCCAAAUCAAUCAAAGGUCAUGAUUUGUUUAAGUAUAUCGAAUUGUGUGUGGAGGCUGAUAAUAAAAUUAAUAGGUUCUCUCUAAUGAAAGUCAUUGUAUAUAUUCUAAGGGAACUUAUAAAUACAAGUCAUAAAUAAUUUAUGUUUAACACAGUCAUUUCAAUAACAGGAGCCAUGAAAAAUUUGUAACCAAUGUAAAAACAUCUAUAACAAUAAAAGUAUAACUUUCAAUGUUUAAGGCA